GCCCAACCCAAAAAUUAGAAGAUAACGCCGAUGAGGGCAACGGUUGGGACGUGUUCGGGCGAACAAAAGUCCAAUUCACGGGCCACUAUGGUCUUACAAGAUAUGAUCCAAACGUGGGACGAAAGAGAUGAUAUUUGACCUGGCAUCAUCAUCGGUGGCCGCCAUUAACAAAACUAACUUCCUAAUCAAUCCACCCCCCUCAUCCCCAAAACCACACCCCACCCCACCCCUUCAUCAAUGGAUUCACCCUCACCGUCACACGUAAAUUGGGAAGCCCUAGAUGCCCUAAUAAUCGAAUUCAUCAAAUCCGAAAACCUAAUCGAAGAACCACCGUCUCCUCCUCCUUCUCCAUCUUCAUAUUCCUCAUCAUCUUAUCAACACCGUCUUUUAAUCCUCCAAAUCCGACGGUUAUUACAAUCCGGUCACAUCGAUUCCGCCGUUGAUCUCUUGCGUCUCCACGCUCCUUCUGUUCUAGACGAUCACCGCCUCCUUUUUCGGUUGCAAAAGCAGAAAUUUGUUGAGCUUUUGAGGAAAGGAACUGAGGAGAGUCGGAACUCUGCGAUUGAUUGUUUGCGGAAUGCGCUUGCUCCCUGCGCUCUUGACGCGUAUCCGGAAGCAUAUGAAGAAUUCAAGCACGUGUUGCUUGCCUUUAUAUAUGAUAAAGAUGAUCAAACUUCUCCGGUCGUGAAUGAGUGGUCCGAGAGGAGGCUGUUUGAACUUGCUGGAUUGAUGACAUCUGUAUUAAGAGCUCAUUUACAUGCAUAUGAUCCCGUUUUCUCGAUGGCAAUCAGAUACCUAAUCAGCAUACACAAGGGAUUUUGCUUUCGCCAAGGGAUUUCUUCUCCGAUAACAAAUCUUACCGAGAGGUUGCUGCUAGAGGAGCGCGAUCUCCCUGCCACUCCACAAGAGAGUUUGUUUGAAGCACCCCCGUUUGAUGAGGUGGACAUACAAGCCCUUGCACAUGCCGUUGAGCUUACAAGACAAGGGGCAGUUGAUAGUUUAAAAUUUGCAAAGGGUGAUUUAUUUCAAGCAUUUCAGAAUGAAAUAUGUCGUAUGAGAUUGGACAUCACCAUGCUCGAUGAACUCAUUCGCGAGUACUGCGUCUAUAGGGGCAUUGUGAACUCUGGUGGCCCAAACGCUUCUUCCCAAGGAACGCUGCUAGCACACGAACCAUCGGUUUCAAACCAACCAGAAUCAGAAUCUACUUUAUCUGCAGACGUCUCUCUGGAAGUCAGAAGUGGAUCCAAUAAGCUUGCUGACACCGACAUGGAUUCACCUGGAACUGGUGAUGCCAGCAUUCAGAAUCCCGAAGCUGAAGAACGGCACCCUUUUGGCAGUGCGGUCGGUAGUCAUGAAGACUGCAGUACCAGUGCAAUGUAUCGACAUAAAGCUUCUAAAAUCCUUCAAAGAAAUAAGAAUCGUGGAAUCUGUGAUAGGAACAAACGUAAGAGGUGGAAGGGAAGACAUGAAGUACAAGUUAAUGCCAGUAUGUCAGAGGAGCCGCAGGUUUCUGAAAUAUCAUCUGCUGGAGAUGCUAGUGGUGAUAAAGAGGAUACAUAUGAGAUGAUGCUGGCAGUAAAGGAGUUGGCGAACAAAGGAAUGGCUGCAGAGGUUGUAGAAGAAAUAAAUGAUAUGGAUCCGACCUUUUUCGCCGAAAAUUACAUUUUUCUCUUCCAGCUAAAAAGGAUUGAAUUUUUAAAGCUGGUGAGCGUGGGUGACUAUUCACGUGCACUAAAGGUUGCGUCUUCUUAUUUGGGACCUUUAGCAACAAGAGAUCCGGCUCUCUUGAAGCCCUUAAAGGAGACUUUGUUGGCUUUACUUUCACCAAAUGAGAAGUUUUCCGGGGAAAGCUUGCCCUUUCAUGCUCUUUCCACUUCACUCCAGGUUGCAAUAGGUAGAAAACUGGGCAUCGAAGAACCUCAGCUUAUGAAGAUAAUAAGAGCCACCCUUCACACGCACAACGAGUGGUUCAAGCUUCAAAUGUGCAAAGAUCACUUCGAGGGUCUUCUAAAGAUUGAUCUUUUAAAACAAGUCGAUUCUUCUCUGCUAAACGACACGCUCUCCAAGUCAUUGAGCAAUGACGUAUGCAGUAAUACUUGUUCACAAGGCACUGCAACUUCCAGCAGCAAAAUGCAUGACGAUGGCAGCAGUCCUUCUCAAGUGUCGUCCACCGGAGACAUUGCACCCGAUGAAGCCGCAAUACUCAAAGUCAUGGAGUUUCUUGCUUUGCCUAGGGCUGAUGCUAUACAUCUCCUAGCACAAUACAACGGAAAUGCCGAGACUGUCAUUCAGCAGAUAUUUGCUUAGUAUGCAUGUAUUUAUGUACAAUUGUACAUUAUACGUUAUACGCAUCUUGUAUCCAGUUUGAUGCGUUUUCGUAUAUUAACAUACAUUGUUUAAUUUAUUUGUGCCAUACAAAAUAUUUAUACGAAACCUGCGGAUAGGGUGAUAAAUAUAUGCUGUAUUAAAUUUUAUGCAUGUUAAAAAGAAAGAAGAGUUGAAUUUGUAUA